AUCUUCCCAAACGGGCAUUAGCGUAUUUGGAGGGCACAAACCCUUUUUCGAGCAUUUUCGGCAAAAGUACCUGCCAAAAUUCAACUCCCGACCCAAUUCAACAAAAUCUUUCUGACCAAAGUCAAGUCACGUCAAUUCCCGGUUGCGAAUCCCUUCAACACCACCUUUAAAAUCUCCACAAAGACAAAUCCGCAACCAUGUCUUCCCAAAGCGUCCAGUGCUUCGGCAAGAAGAAGACGGCUACUGCUGUCGCCCACUGCAAGUCCGGUCAAGGUCUCAUCAAGGUCAACGGCCGACCGUUAUCCCUCGUUCAGCCCGAGGUUCUGCGAUUCAAGGUCUACGAACCUCUUUUGAUCGUUGGCCUUGACAAGUUCGCCAAUGUCGACAUCCGCGUCCGUGUCACCGGUGGUGGUCACACUUCCCAGGUUUACGCCGUCCGUCAGGCCAUCGCCAAGGCCCUGAUCGCCUACUACCAGAAGUUCGUCGACGAGCACAGCAAGAACCACCUAAAGCAAGCUCUCGUCCAGUACGACCGAACCCUCCUCGUUGCCGACAACCGUCGCUGCGAGCCCAAGAAGUUCGGUGGUCCCGGUGCCCGCGCCAGAUACCAAAAGUCUUACCGUUAAAGCCUUUCCGGGCUUUGGCGGUUUGGGAUAUUCGGUGCGCGGAAACAGGCGAUGGUUUGGGGGAGAGGGAAGGAAAACAAACCACCGGUCUCUCUCUAUUGGGGAAGUUCGACGACAUGGAAUGGAAAGAAAAAUGCGGUCAAUUCAAGAGACACGGAACGGGUUUUGCCCUGGCCCUCUUCUCCUUUUUGCAACAAAUCAGGACGGCUAUGGCGGUGGUCGGACCUCUGGAGUCUUGAGAACAGGGAAUAAAUUCCUUCGCGAGGGCUAUAUCUCUAUGGGUGCCUUCUCGCUUAUUAUGCAUUUGCAUGGCCUGGUUGUAAAGGGAUUAGGCGAAUGAAACAACAAAACUUUUCUAAAACAAAAGUUAUCCUCUUAAUGACCCCAUUAAUGACUCCAAAGUAGCCGGGUAUGCUCGUUGAAAGUGAGGCGUCCAGGGGACAGCUUUCUCCAUCGAGUACUUGACUAUUGUCUCGUGAUACCCCCCUUAAGUGACUCUAAAUUAAGCAUAGGAUGGACUCUCCUCCCAUAUUCUCCUCCCUCGCAUAUUUGUUAUGAGGAAUACUCGUGAUCAACAUGAUAGCAUAACUACGCGUUGUUGUAUACCUAUCUAGCCAUCCAGACACGGAAUGGACCCCAACUAGAACCCCAUAACCCCAGUCAACAUUACACUAGAUGAUGGCAUCUAGGUAUCCA